CCACUUGGACGCCAUUAUGGGUCUGCAUGCUGCCAGUUACUGAGCCGGAGCCGGAAAAUUCCCUGCUGAUGACUCCCCACCCCCCAUCCAGGAGACUCCAUUCUUAGCUGGGUCCUGUCCCCACGUGGUCCCUCCCAGAUGAGGGACGGUGUCUCCGAGUGUUGCAGUCCAUAAGUGGGGCCCUCUCCCUCCCCUCUUUGGAUGUGAGCCAUCCGGGGCGUAGAAUCAGACUGUCAAGAGUCCUGUCCCCACUUUGGGGAGGGAGCCACGGGGGCUCAGCGAGAGCGAGAGGCUUCUGAGGACACACAGAGAGGCUGUGAUAAACUCCGGAGUCCUGACUCGGUGUCCGUCGAACCCGGCCCCAGCCAGGGUUGCGUCUCAGAUCCUCUAAACCCUCCCUCUGUCUUCCUUACCAUGCGUCCAGCGGAGAUUUGGGCACUCGGGAAGCUUUAGCCCGAUGUGGACCAGCCUCCGGAGCAGCUGGGAGCGUGCACCCGCCCUCCACCAGUAUGGCGACGUCCUCGCAGUACCGCCAGCUGCUGAGCGACUACGGGCCACCGUCUUUAGGCUACACUCAGGGAACUGGGAACAGCCAGGUGCCCCAAAGCAAAUAUGCUGAGCUGCUGGCCAUCAUCGAGGAGCUGGGGAAAGAGAUCAGACCCACCUAUGCGGGGAGUAAGAGUGCCAUGGAGAGACUAAAACGAGGCAUCAUUCAUGCCAGAGGACUGGUUCGAGAGUGCUUGGCUGAAACGGAGCGGAAUGCCAGAUCCUAGCUGCCUGUUUGCGUGGAAGGUUUUCCGUCUUCUUCCAAGAAGAGAAGUUAUAGCUCAACUCCCACGUUCAGAUGAAACUCUUGUUUUCAAAAUGGUAACAGUUCGGUUUCUCCUUCCCGUGUCCCUGCCAUGGUUCAUGAGGCUCUAAGAUUGAGAAAUAUUUUGCCGUUGAUUAGGAUUUACAUUUUAAAUAGUUAGGAAUUACCCAGGUUUUUUUUUUCUUUUUUUUUUAAACAUUGAUUUAGAAGAUGCACGGAAAAGAUACCUAUCUCACAGCAAAGAUACCAGUGUCUCCCUUUUGUCUUCCCUUUUGAAUACCGUUAUGUUACCCAGAUUGUUCUUCGUUCCUUUUCAUAAGCUAAUACAACAACUCCAGGGUUUUGUUUCUAGUGCAUACGUUUGCCACAUGGUGUGGAUUCUGCUUAAUGUAACUUCUUUUGUGCUUAAGCAUUUGCCUGCAUGACUAUUAGUGCUUUGAGGUCAAAUUUAAAAAUGCACAAGUUAUAAAUACAGAAGAAAGAGCAACCUACCAACCCUAACAAGAACCCCCGAAAAUAUUCCUACUAAGACUGUGUGUGGAUUUCAGUUCUGCCUUUCGUGUAAGUUGAUCCAAACAUCUGGAAGGAAAUGAUUAAAACUGUUUGCAUCUUUGUAUGUAUUUAUUACUUGAUGUAAUAAAGCUUAUUUUCAUUAACAA